GUCCUCUCCAUAUUCUCCAGGAAAAUCUGUUCGCUAAAUCUCCAAACUCGUCUCGAGUAUCGAUCUUGACAAAAGCUGUUCUUCGAAUCGAGCUGUCUCAUGACAAGAAUCAAAUCGUUCGUAUGGGUAAACAGCGAUCCAGAAAGGGAUGUUUAACGUGUCGGAAAAGGCACGUGAAAUGUGACGAGGUCAGACCCAAAUGUGGGCAGUGUCAGAAACGCAAUCGAGAUUGUCUGCAAGAAGAGGCGACUGGCCUUGAAUUUAGGAGUUAUCAUUUCGAUGAGUCUGGAAGCUUCCUACCCAAUCCGGAUACAAGGGACAACCGCGAAUCAUCGAAUCAGCAGAGCACAACAACCCCGGAGGACUUCCUCUCUGCUAACGUUCAAGAUGGAUCUUUACAAGGCCACGACUACACGUCCUACUGUGCCGGACAAGGCUCAACUACGUCUCCUUUAGCGUCGAGUAUUAAUCCGUUGACGGUCGGGCCGUAUAGCACGUCUCCAACUGAUGUUCCCUUGAUGGGAUCCCCUCUGGGGACGUCUUCACGGCACUAUGGCGCCUCUGGAUUCUCGAUCUCUCAACUGCUUCAGCAUGUCUCGCCUAGCGUGCAAACCGCGCCAUCUCCUUCAGAAACCACACAUUUGACACUGACACAUCGUGAGGCUGAGCUCGUACACCAUUUUGCUCAGCAUCUGGGGCGUUGGCUGGAUUGCACAGAUGCUUCUAGGCAAUUCACGUUGAAGAUCACUAGGUUGGCAAAGACUUCUCCGGUUUUGCUCUACGCAGUGGUGUCAUAUGCCGCAAGACAUGUUGGCGAUGCCGAAACUGCUGAGUCUGCUCACGAAAAGUGCGUGGAAUUGCUCAUUCCCCUCCUCAGUUCGGAACAUAUCGCGUAUGACGACGUGCUAUUAUGUGCGAUUGUCAUCCUACGCGUCUUUGAACAACUCAAUGUAAUGGUCACAGGCAGUGAUCAUGAACGGCAUCUAGCGGGCUGCACGGCUUUGCUAAAAGCUUCACAAGGAAGAGAGAUAGAUUUAUCAGCACCAACCCUCCGGCAGGCGGCAUUCUGGGUCUAUGUCCGGCAAUGUCUCUACAAUGCAUGCGUGAACCAGCAACCGCCGAACGUGGAUAUCAGUUUGGUCUUGCUGCCGAAGCCACCUUGCGGCAGUCCAGACUACGAACUCAGAUCAGAGACCGCGUGGGCUAACCAUAUGACGUGGAUAUGUGCCACAGUCAUAAAUUUCUGCUUCAGCAAUUCAUUUCAUGAACCGAGUGCCAGAUUUGAGAAAUGGAACGAACUUUCACAAACACUCGCGGACUGGAUGCAAAGUAAACCAUCAAGCUUCGAACCGAUCUGGUAUAGUGAUCCAGGGCCAAACGAUGUCCAUCCCUUCCCGGUGAUAUUGUUCAUAGCCGAUUGGCAUGUAAUGGCAUACGGAUUCUAUCACCUUGCGUCUAUGCUCCUGAUGAUUUACAAACCUUUUCCACGAUUUGCAAUCAGGAAAGUGCAACGACAGCUCAAAGAUACAGAUGCACAAGUCAUGAAUCACGUCAGAGCCAUUUGUGGUGCUUGCAAAUGCUCCCAAGCGACGGUUCCUUCUUUAAUAACACUUUGUCAUAGUGCAUUCAUCUGGGGUCCAUUGAUGACAGACAUCGCCGAACGACAAGAAGUCAUACGAAUGUUGCAGGACAUGGAAAAAGCACAUGCCUGGCCGACUACGUGGAUUGUAAAUUCCUUGAGAGAAGAAUGGGCGAACUCAUGAAAGACACAAAGCUCUGGCAUAAUCCUCCUUAUGGAAUCUAACAGAACUUGCGCUGGAAUUCCUGUCUAUGAAAGCCGACCAUCGCAGAAGGAAACCACAGCAUACUUUCCGUUUCGAACCCAAGCCCCGCCUGGAGCCUCAAUGUCCAGUCUUUCGACCACUUGCUGUGACUCGACACCGACGCAGGUGUCCGACUUGUUGGUUCGAAGAGCAAGGACGGGCAUUCCACUUUUGCCCAACGGACCAAUGGCUUCUCUGAAUGGCGUGGUGUAAGGCCACAGUCCAUCUUUGGUGAGUUUCCGAUAGUUCAAAUCGCCCUUGAAUACUACAAGGAAACUGUCUUUCAGUUCUUGAAAGAGGUCGGGCGCUUCUUGCGGCAUUUCAUGGAAUGAACAUGCAGUAGUCCAGAACGGAUGCGACUUGACGGUCACUGCGCCGGAGUCGAACAUAUUUUCAAGCCUCAGCACUAAUUCAUCCAGAAACUGGCGGUUGGGGAACAGUUGAGGUGAUAUAAGAUGUUCGAAUAAGGCUUGGACGUCGUUCUGCACGACAUCGCUGACGAACCACGGGAAGUCUUUGGCAUGGAAAGUAAUCGAAGAGGCGAAUCCGGCGUCUAGGAGAUAGGCUGCAUACAAGACAUCGGUGAAGAAUUCAAAACCAGCGUUGUCAAGUACGAUAUCGACUCUGCGGUCUCUCGCGUA